UGAAAAAUGUGUGUGUUUGCUGAUUUGCAAUUUUACUAACUUCCACUAUCAUUUUUUUUGAUAAACAGCAAGUGUAGAGUCUGUAGACUGAAUAACCUGAAAUGUUUUUUUUGGCAGUGGACUUGAAUAAGGUGCCACUGGGACAAUGUUGGGACAAUGUACCAUCACUUCAACAUGGUUGGAGCGCUACAAGGACCUCUACAUCGCUGCGUCAGACCACAAGUACUUCCAUCUCAUUAAGACAGGAGUUGUCCGGAAAGAGGAGUUUGAAGUAUGGCUGAUGCAACACUAUUUGUUUUCACGGAUGUUUGCAAGGUUCGUGGCAAGUCUUCUGAACAAGACGCCAAAAGGACCGGAGUUUGGAGAAGGGCAUGGGGAUGGGAUGGAGAUGGAGAUGGUUCUGGGGUCCACUAUGGCCCUGGAUACAGAGGUCAAAUUCCUAAAAGGGAAAGCUGAGGAAUUGGGAUUGGACUGGAGCACGCCUAACUUGAAGAUGCACGAGAGCAACUACAGCUAUUGCCAGCUGCUCCAUAGGUUAUCUCAGGUGGAUGUGCCCUACUCGAUCGGCAUGAUGACGCUAUGGUCAGUUGCUUCAGUGUUCAGCUUGGGUUGGGCAAUGUGUGCGGAGUCGCCUUCGACGCCAUGCGACUUGAUAGAGUGCUGCCAGAGAUGGGGCGACGAGGGCCUGCUGGAUUUCUGCGGCUUCUUGCAAAUGCUGGCCGAAAUGCCGCUGGCGAUGUCCCCACCGGAGGUGGUCGAGGAAGCGGAAACGGUUUUCGCAGAGCUUCUGAAGCACCAGAAGUCCUUCAUGGACAUUGCGAUAGAAAUAAUGGAGGAGAUGCGCACCCCGGAAAAGGAGAGAGCGUGGCAGCAAAAGCUGCUCCUCGAACAAAGAGAUGGACAGCUGGAGCUUGAGGCAAGAAAUCAUCAUCACCUGCACUAUGUAGAGCAAUCCGACCAGGCACAACAGUGGGAACCAUUGCAAUCAGAGGGCGAGGACACUGAACAUAGUGAGCAGGAGGGGCAACAAGGGUACUCCGCACAUUCCUAUGAUGACGGUAGCAAUCACCAUUGUACGCACUCUGCUCACCAAACUCAGCAGGAAGAACAAGUACAAGGGGACACAACAGACCCAUCACAUUCGAAUGAUGCGGGGAGCAAUCAUCAUCUCACACACAAUGCACAUCAAUCUCCGCAGGAAAAACAAGAACAAAGCGCCUCGACGCACUCAGCAGAGGAGGAGGAGGAGGAGGAGGAGGAGGAGAGGGCUGAGAAACGGCAGGAAGGCAAUGCUUCACAUUCAGAUGACGAGGAGACAAUGACAUCAACCAAUUCCACUCCAAACAACAAUGCCCUCCUGGGCAUGGAAGAGCACGCAGGUUAUGGAAGUCCGUCUGAGCAAGGAAAGCAUCCAGUGCCAGAGGACCUCGUCUCGUCAGGUAUGGCUGUGCAGGAUCACUCAUGCUGUGAACAUCAGGACGAGCAGGAACACGAUAGGAAAUUGUGCGCUGGUGCUGAGGAGGCAGUCACAUCUGCUUCCGGCUGCAAAGGCCUCAACAAAGAAGAUCCACAUGAUCCAAGCAAGUUUCGCCAUGGUCAAGAUGAAGAAGAAGAAGAAGAAGAAGCUGGUUCACAAUCAGAGGGCCGCAAGGGGCAGGUCUUAUCCUCGAAAGAAUUCGACAUGAUUGAAGCACCAAGUGGUGGAUACGGUCCUGCAGUUCGUACCCAGUGUACCGGUGAUAGGGAUGGGGAGGCAGUCACACCUGUUUCCAACGGUAAAGGCCUCGACAAAGCAGGUUGUAUGCAGCACACCACUGAUGGGGAUGGGGAGGCAGUCGCACCUGUUUCCGAUGCUAAAGGCCUCUAUAAAGCAGACCCACACAGUCCAAGUAAUUCUGGUCUCGCCGAAGAGAGAGAUUUGCAAGCCGAGGACGGCAAGGAGGAGGUCCUCUCAUCAGACGCUUUGGAUGGCGAGGCAGUCCCUCCUGUUUCCGAUGACGGCAAGGGGCUCGAUAAAGUGGAACCGAAUGAUCCAAGUAAUGCUGGUCACGGUGAAAAAGAAGAUUCCCAAGUAGAGGACAACAAGGAGCAGAUCCUAUCAUCAGAAGAUUUGGACGCCAAAGAUCUGCAUGCUGCUGGGCACGACCCCGCCCAUCGUACGCAGCACAUCGAUGACGGGGAGCCUACAGCGUCCGUUUCCGGUGAUGGCAUAUGCCUUAAGACAGAGGGUCAUCAUCGUAAGGUCCCAUCGUCCCCGAUAGCAGAUCCAUUACCUGACGAAAGUAGGAUUGAUCAUCACGCUCAAGAAGAAGGAUCACGCCAACUGGCCUAGCUCCGUUGAUACACCUAUGAACUCGCUACAGAGUGUGGAUUCUGUUUUCCCGCCUCGAGAAUGAAACGGAACUCUCUCU